AUGGACAUGCUGUAGAUUAAUUAAUUUAGGUUGUGCCACAGGGCAUACAUCUUUUAUAAUGUCUAAUUCAUUCACCAAUUAAAUAUUGGCUCAAAUCGAACUAUGGAUUAAUAGAGACAAUCGAAAAUAUAGAAAUUAAGUUAGAUUGAUCAUCUAUUAAUUUUGACUACAAAUUACCAAAGGAACUUGAUGAGAAAGUAGCGGCCAUUCAUCUUAAGAAAUUAGGAGCUGAACUUACUGUCUUGA